CCCCCUCCUCCAGGCUCAGGGACCUGUCUGGCUGUGAGCUCCCAGGAGGUCCCAGGGGUGUGACCUCCCUGCCUCCCUCCCUCCUUUCCUCCCUCCCUCUUCCCUUUACCCCAGGCCAGCCCAGGGCUGGCUAUAAAGCUGCCCAGGCCUGGCUCUCAGCACACCCGGCUGCCUGAGACCCUCCUUCCACCUCCUUAGAGGACAGCCCCACUCUGCCCCCUACUCCUCCAGGGCAGCACCAUGCAGCUCCUGUGGCUCUGCUGGGCACUCUGGGUGCUGCCCCUGGCUGGCCCCGGGGCAACCCUCACCGGGGAGCAGCUCCUGGACAGCCUGCUGCAACAGCUGCAGCUCAGCGAGGCGCCCGUCCUGGACAGGGCCGACAUGGAGGAGCUGGCCAUCCCCGCCCACGUGAGGGCCCAGUACGUGGCCCUGCUGCAGCGCAGCCACAGGGACCGCUCCCGAGGGAAGAGGUUCAGCCAGAGCUUCCGAGAGGUGGCCGGCAGGUUCCUGGCGUCCGAGGCCAGCACGCACCUGCUGGUGUUCAGCAUGGAGCAGCGGCUGCCGCCCAACCGCGAGCUGGUGCAGGCGGUGCUGCGGCUCUUCCAGGAGCCGGUCCCGAGGGCCGCGCUGCACAGGCACGGGCAGCUGUCCCCGCGCAGCCACCGGGCCCGGGUCACCGUCGAGUGGCUGAGCGUCCGCGACGACGGCUCCAACCGCACCUCCCUCAUCGACUCCAGGCUGGUGUCCGUCCACGAGAGCGGCUGGAAGGCCUUCGACGUGACCGAGGCCGUGAACUUCUGGCAGCAGCUGAGCCGGUCCCGGCAGCCGCUGCUGCUGCAGGUGUCGGUGCAGAGGGAGCACCUGGGCCCGGGGACGUCCGAAGCCCACAGGCUGGUCCGCUUCGCCUCUCAGGGGACGCCGGCGGGACGUGGGGAGCCCCAGCUGGAGCUGCACACCCUGGACCUCAGGGACUACGGAGCUCAGGGUGACUGUGACCCUGAAGCACCAGUGACCGAGGGCACCCGCUGCUGCCGCCAGGAAAUGUACAUUGACCUGCAGGGGAUGAAGUGGGCGGAGAACUGGGUGCUGGAGCCCCCGGGCUUCCUGGCUUAUGAGUGUGUGGGCACCUGCCAGCAGCCCCCGGAGGCCCUGGCCUUCAAGUGGCCGGUUCUGGGGCCGCGACAGUGCAUUGCCUCAGAGACUGCCUCACUGCCCAUGAUUGUCAGCAUCAAGGAGGGAGGCAGGACCAGGCCCCAGGUGGUCAGCCUGCCCAACAUGAGGGUGCAGAAGUGCAGCUGUGCCUCGGAUGGGGCGCUCGUGCCAAGGAGGCUCCAGCCGUAGGCGCCUGGUGUAACCGCUGAGCCCUGUAACUGAACAUGUGCAUAGAAGUGGUCUUAAUGUAGGUCUUAAUUUUAAACUUAGCAAGCUACCUCCAUCCCAAUUUAGUGCUCCUGUAUGAGCUUUGCCCUGUGUCCUUCCCUCUCCCAUCUUUCCUGUCCAUCACCCAUCCUAAGCACUUAUGUGAGUAAAUAAUGCAGCUCAGAUGCUGAGCGCUAGUAGGAAAUGCUGGCCUGCUGAUUAGAAGAUACAGCUGAGCAAUGCACAGAUUGUCAACUGGGAGUGUCUGUUCUCUGGCAAAUUCUUAACUGAGUCUGGAACAAUACCCUAUGAUUAGAACUGGGGAAAUAGAACUGAUUUGCUCUAUUAUAUGAGGAAUUAAAACCCCCAAAUCUCUAUUUCCCCAAAAUAUGGGCCCAUUCUGGUCUUUUGUAAACAUACCUAUGCCCCUGUUCCCCUGAGAGGGUGCUAAGAGGAAGGAUGAAGGGCUUCAGGUUGGGGGCAGUGGACGGGGAGUCGGGAUGCCUGGUUUCUGGAUCUGACAGGGCCAUAAGCUAGAACCUCAAACAAACACAGGAGGCUUUGGGUCAUCAUUUCCUCUUAGAAAGGAGGAGCUGGGCUUCAGCUCUAAGACUUCAUUGCUCUGGGGAUCAGACAGCCCCUACCUGCCCCCUGCCCACCCCUCUGGAGACCGAGUCUUGCCUGUGCACAUUUAGAUCAUGUCCCCCACUAUCUUAGAUAACCUGUCACCAGAAACCAUAUGUAUUUGUGUGUUUUUGUUAAUUUAGGCAAACCAAUUGAAUGUAGAUACUCAGAAGAAAUAAAAAGUGAUGUUUCACUC